UAACGAACUAUUCUCCACUUGCUCCUCACUGUUGAGCGAGGCAAGCCAACCAACCAUGGCAGGCAUUCGAAUGAUAGAUAUAGCCGUCAAUUUCACCGAUGGCAUGUUCAAGGGAAUCUACCACGGCAAGCAAUGUCACGUCUCCGAUAUUGCAACCGUUUUGAACAGGGCUUGGGCUGCUGGCGUCACCCGAAUUAUUGUAACUGGUGGGUCCCUUGAAGAAUCAAGGGAAGCGCUUGCAAUUGCAGAAACAGAUGGAAGACUUUUCUGCACCGUUGGUGUGCAUCCAACACGAUGCAAGGAAUUUGAGGAGAGUGGAGAUCCUGAGAAGCACUUUCAAGCUCUUUUGUCCUUGGCUAAAGACGGAAUUCAGAAAGGAAAGGUGGUUGCUAUAGGGGAAUGUGGAUUGGACUAUGACAGGCUUCAUUUUUGCCCAGCAGAGAUUCAAAAGAAGUAUUUCGAGAAGCAAUUUGAAUUAGCAUAUAUCACAAAACUGCCUAUGUUUUUGCACAUGCGAGAAGCUGCUGCAGAUUUCUGUGAAAUAGUGGAGAAAAAUAAGGACAGGUUCACUGCCGGAGUCACCCAUUCCUUUACUGGUAGUAUGGAUGAUAGCAUUAAGCUUCUCUCAUUUGAUAAAAUGUACAUAGGCAUAAAUGGGUGCUCUCUGAAGACAACUGAGAACCUUGAUGUUGUUAAGGGUAUACCUAUUGAGAGAAUGAUGAUUGAGACUGACUCACCAUACUGUGAAAUCAAGAAUACUCAUGCAGGAAUUGGUUUUGUUAAAUCUACAUGGCCUUCUAAGAAGAAAGAGAAGUAUGAUCAAGAGUGCAUUGUUAAAGGCCGAAAUGAACCUUGUUUAGUUAAGCAAGUUCUUGAGGUUGUUGCUGGCUGUAAAGGCAUCACUGACGUGGCUAACCUCAGCAGAACAGUAUACCAUAACACUUGCAGGAUUUUUUUCCCUCAUGACUUGGAUUCUGCAGCUGAUGCUCUACUAGCUGGCAGUAAUCCUUCUUAAACAGACCUGCUAGUGGCUUGACCUUUGCUUUUCUUCGGAGCUGUUCGGUAACCCAUAUCUACAUUUUCUUGAGAAAGCUAAGUGUCCUUGAAAUGCAACUGAGAUUGUCCGUCCAGUCCUCUUUGGGAAGUGACAAAUCAGAACUGAUUCCCAGUGGUUGAUCUGGUGAGUGUAUGACAAAUUAUUGUAUUUUAUUUUGAUGAGCUUAUAAUGUUAAGAAACUAUGGUACUAAACCAGAAGCCAAUAGGAUUCGAUAUGUCGUAUUUAUUGGAUGUCAUGUCAAGAAGUAAAUCGAUGGAGGCUGAUUGGUGGUC